AAGAGAGCAGCGACCCGCUGCUGCUGCCUGAAAGCGAGCUAGUGACGCUCUGACUGAAGCGCUACAGGCUGCGGGAUGUACGUGUCGAAAAACGGUUUACAAAGGCACUGAAUUCCUCAGUGGUUGACUUUAACUCGCUGCUACUUGUGGUCGUAAGAUUUAGGAGUGAAAAAGUGGAAGGGAAACAGCUGCAGUACCUCACCGAGAGGGACAGGGUUCGUGGUGUCGGUGAUGAAAACAGCCAUGAAGUGAAAUGUGAGUGUUGGUGAGGCGGAGGUGAGGUGCGAGGCUGGAGAGGAGACUCAGGCAGAGGACAUGAUGGUAAUGUCAGGGUGGAUGAUUCUGCCCAUCAGCCUGCCCGUCUUGACCAUCACCGGCAUCUGGGUUGUGUAUGCCAUGGCCCUGUAUAACCAGCAUGUUUGUCCUGUGGAUAACUGGUUAUAUAAUCAGUCAUGUGAGGACGAUUUACCCAUGCAGAGGGGACCAACACUAUGCUGUACUCUGGACAAUGUGCCACUCAUCAGUAAGUGUGGCACACUACCUCCAGAGAGCUGCUUCUUCAGCCUUAUCUGCAGCACAGGAUCCUUCAUGGUGAUGGUGAUAGUUUUGCUGCAUUAUGCUUAUGUGAUCGAAAGAUGCCAGAACUGCGUGUUAAACACAGCAAGCCUCUCCACUGGCUGGAUUUGCUCUGCGGGACUCAUCAUGGUUGGCAACUUCCAGGUAGAUAACGCAAAGGUGUUGCACUACGUUGGGGCUGGCGUGGCCUUUCCCACCAGCGUGCUGUUUGUGAGUGUGCAGUCUGCACUCACUUAUAAACUGGCCAAGACUCAGGGGGAGUACAAUAUGGGCCAUCUGCGUCUCAUCAUGACCUUGCUGGCCUUCGUAGCCCUGGUGCUCAGUGGAGUUUUUUUCGUCCAAGAGAGUUUUGUCCUGCAGCACGCCUCCGCCAUCUUCGAGUGGGUCUUCUGUGUCAUCAUCAUGCUGUUUUAUGGCACGUUUGCCUUUGAAUUUGCCAAUAUCUCCAGCAACACCAUGAUGGUCCUGGCCAGAGGAGGAUCUUUAAGUAGCAACAGCCAGGAUCACAAAGUGGAGUCCCUCAGUGGAACAAGUCAGCACCAGCCGGAGAACAUGUCCAUGCUUUAACCUCAUGGAGAGAGAGUUGGCACAGGCCUGCCCAUGCUACUCUCUCUUUCCCUGUUUCUUAUACACAUUCAUGUACAGUAGGGUGCAGAGGAAAACUAGUUCAGCAGAGGAAAUCUGCCCUACUUCUAUUCUUAAUCUGAGCUAACUUUUGCCAAAGGAUUUUGCACACAUUUUUGCACAUUGUUGAGACCAAAUAAUUGUCUAUCUUCAGUGUCCCCUUCUUUAUAGUCCACCAACAAAGUAGCUGUAAUACUUAAAGAAGCAGUGUUCUAUGGAUGGAUGUGGUAUGUGUUGAGGCUUUGUGAAUGUUCAUAUCAUUGGAGUUGUUAAUAUGUAACGGCGAUAGCAGUCAAUAACGCAACCCUGCAAGUUCAGCUGGGCACUGAGACAAUUCUGUGCCAAUUGUGUAGAGGUUUCAUGAUAAAACCAGAAAAAUGUUUAUUGAAUUAUGGAGUUUAUUUUUGCCUUUUAUAUUCAACCACAUUGCCUUUUAGUUAUGGUUGAUCUUAAACAGAGGUGCUUUUUGCUUUUUGCUCAUUGCAUAUUCAGUUCAGGGUGACUAUUAUUACCAUUGUGCCUUAUGAAACGGGGCCAAGCAAAGCUGUCUAAUGGACGCCGUUAAUCUCUAAUUCUGUGUUUAUCAUACUGUCCGGGACAAAGUCCAAGAUUUCAAAAGUGUGCUUUGUUUUGUACUAUAAAUGCCAGAUGAAUGCCAACUAGGCCAGCAAAGUUAACUUUACACUAAUGUAGAGCAUUCCCAUAUUCGCUGCGUAUUUGACUUGUUGGUUGGUAAAUGUGAGUGUAUUCUUGCUCAUCUCUGUGCCUGAGGCCAGUAAAUUGAUAGGUGUAGACUGAGAUGUUUUAAUUGUUAUUUGAUUUGAUUGAAGAUCUGUUUACAUUUUCCUGCCAGUUUGGUUCUGAACCAAUUCCAUUUUAAGAGGAACAGUUUAGAUCCCACUUACAAGAUACACCAGAUUCUGUUUUGUAUACAUUACUCUGGUUGUGAAAGAUUUGUGCUUCAUCACUUGGCCAUAUUUUUCUUUGAAUUUUGUAUUUGGUUAAUUGUGGUUUUAGUUGUCAGCUUAAUUUGACUUAACCUUGGAAAUAUGAUCCUAAGUGCACAUAGUUGUCACAAAAAUGUGAUCUGUUUUGACAGUAUGACUUACAGCAGGACUGUAAGUCUGUUACAUAAAAAGCCAUUUUUCUUUGUUAGAUGCUGAUUUAAGUGCCCUUAAACAGAGAUCCUGUUGCUCCAUUCUCUAGAUACAUUCAUAGAAUAUGUAUAAUUUUGCUCUAUAUGCCUUUAUCAAGCAAAGGCAAGUCUAAAAAUUUAAAUAAUUGUUUCCUGUUCUGCUUGUUUUAGUUUCUAGUCCAAUCCUCAGGAAGAUCUGUUACACCAGCUUGGAGUCUGUGCUUUUAAUAAAGUUCAAUUGAUUAAGUAUUAAUUGAUAACUGAACAUUUUACAGUGGAACUGGCAUACACUUGAAACAUUUGUCAUGUUACAAGUGGACUCUAAGUAUUUACAAUUUUAUUUGCAAAAAUAUUUACACUUUUGUGGUCUGUGUUCCAUGUUAACCAUUUCCCUGUUAAUGGCUUUGAACAUGCAGCACUGCUAAGACAUUAUUGCUUAGCAUUACUCUGUCCAGUACAGGGAGAAAUUCAGGAGGAUCCUUUACCAUGAUUUGCCAAUGAUGACUUUUUGAGGACAUGACUGGCUGUUGCUUAACUUGAUCCACUUUGAGUUAUUGCUUCAAGGCAGUCACAGAGAUUUUUUGCAGCGCAAAGAGUGAUAAUGCAUUCAAAAUCCACUAAUACAGACAGCAAGUACAAAUAUACAACCUCAGUGCACAUGUGCAAAAACACAUUGCAGAAAACAAACAUUGGGUAAAAUAACUGAUAUGCUGGCUCUUAAAGGGUGCCUUCCUGUACCUCUGUUGAACCAAAGACUGAAAGGAUUUUGGAUAAAUUGAAGAUAUGUUUUAUUGUACUGUAUAUUUGCCUCAAGCUGAGCAAAAAUAAAGCAAAUAUAAAUAAA